UGACGUAGCAGGUUGUCUCGAGACUCGAGGUUGUUCUUCGGCCGUGAGAAAAAAAAAAAAUCUAAGAUGGCGUCGGAAGACAAGUGAUGAUGGUGAUGCUGGUCCGAAAUUGAGCGGCGCAAUUACCCAAAGGCAGAAACUCUCACAUAUGAUUAAACCGGCCGUCUACAUGUUAAUGCGUCGCGCCGGGCGUUUGGCGGAACGGAAUAUAUGGUGACGCGAGACGGAAAACGGCCGACUUUGCCGGGCUAACAGUAGCUAGCCAGCCGGACCACAACAGUUGGCCGACGUUAGCUAGCGUCAAGCUAGCGUUAGCCCGUUAGCUAGCGUUAGCCGCCAGUCAUCACAACAACAACAACAACAAGAGGGAGGACGGUCGUCGCCAGCCCCUAUCAUUGCCCGGGACAUCGGGGUGUCUAAGGGACGGGUCAGUCGCGGGGAAUAUCGCUUUUUUAACGCACACAAAGUUGUACCGUUGUUAACCAUGCUAACAUUUACCAGACAGGGGGGAUAUUUGGUUGGCUAGUUAGCAGGCGCAGGGACGCUGCCGUUGGUGUGGGACGUUAUCUAACUUAGCACUUGGCUAACCUCGCUCAGAUAACGCUCGCCAAGUUUUUCUUCGCUAGCGUCCGCCAGCAAGGUAGUGGGUUACAUAGACCGCGGGGAGGUGCUGAGAACGGGCGGAAGGCAAAAACCAAGGCCGCGAUGCUAACGCUGGUUAGCUGUCUUAAGCAGAAGGCAAUGGAAGGGGAAGAGUUUGUACCUCCACCGGAGUGCCCAGUGUUUGAGCCAUCAUGGGAGGAGUUUCAAGAUCCCCUGGGCUACAUUGCCAAGAUCCGUCCAAUUGCAGAGAAGUCUGGAAUCUGCAAGAUUCGACCUCCUCCGGACUGGCAGCCUCCUUUUUCAGUGGAGUUGGAUAGCUUCCACUUCACACCCCGUAUUCAGAGGCUUAAUGAGCUAGAGGCGGAGACACGAGUGAAGCUGAAUUAUUUGGAUCGCAUUGCAAAGUUUUGGGAGAUUCAGGGAUCUUCUUUGAAAAUCCCAAACAUUGAAAGGCGCAUCCUUGAUAUUUUCAGUCUGUCAAAGAUUGUGACUGAAGAAGGAGGGUUUGAGAUGGUCUGUAAGGAACGACGUUGGGCUCGUAUUGCUCAGAGGCUUGGUUACCCAGCAGGCAAAAACAUAGGCUCCCUUCUGCGUUCGCACUACGAGAGAAUCGUUCAUCCCUUUGAAAUGUUCCAGUCUGGUGCCAGUCUGCCGCACUGCAAGCCAAAGCACUAUGAUGGUGAGGAUGUGGAAAAGGAGUAUAAGCCGCACUCCAUUCCCUUGCGUCAGUCAGUCCAGCCCUCAAAAAUGAGCAGUUACGGGCGCAGAGCUAAUCGCUGCCAGCCAGAUGGUACAGAGGAUCUGGCCCCCCAUCCUCUCACCACUGGCUCUCAACUCAUCUCUGCGCCCGAACCUACGGAGGAGGACAUAGAGAAGAACCCAGAGUUAAAGAAACUGCAGAUCUAUGGAGCAGGUCCUAAGAUGAUGGGACUGGGUCUGGUGGCCAGGGACAAAGGAAUCAGGAAGAAAGACGAUCUGCCUCAGACUGUUACUAUCCGGGACAGUGUGCCUGCAACAGCUGUCACCCUGGACAACACCUCAGCCACUGUGCAGCCACUGGAUGUUCAGGAGAAGCCGUGCAACAGGAGCACGUCCACACCCCCUCUGUCUGCCUCUAGUGUGUCCAUUAAGGCAGAAGUCAAGAAAGAGGAGCCAGAGCGGGAUGGUGAGAAGGACGUCGAUGAGGAGAAAGAUGAUGCAGAUGGACCCUGCACCAAGAUGACGAUGAGGCUGAGACGCAACCUCAACAACCCUCAGUUUGUGGAUUCUUUUGUGUGUCGAAUGUGCGGUCGUGGAGAUGACGAUGAGAAACUCCUGUUGUGUGACAGCUGUGACGAUAACUACCACACCUUCUGUCUGCUGCCCCCGCUCGCUGAGCCUCCCAAAGGAAACUGGCGCUGCCCUAAAUGCGUGGCAGAAGAGUGCAAGAGGCCAGCAGAGGCGUUUGGCUUUGAGCAGGCUACUUGCGAGUACACCCUACAGAGUUUUGGGGAAAUGGCUGAUACCUUCAAAGCAGACUACUUCAACAUGCCUGUCCAUAUGGUUCCCACAGAGUUGGUGGAGAGGGAGUUCUGGAGACUCGUCAGUAGCAUAGAGGAGGACGUGACUGUGGAAUAUGGAGCAGACAUACACUCCAAAGAGUUUGGCAGUGGCUUUCCCAUGAACAAUGGGAAGAGGCUCCUCACAGAAGAAGAGGAGGAGUAUGCCCGCAGUGGGUGGAACUUGAACGUGAUGCCGGUGUUGGAACAGUCUGUUCUGUGCCAUAUUAAUGCAGACAUCUCUGGGAUGAAGGUGCCCUGGCUGUAUGUUGGUAUGGUGUUCUCAGCCUUCUGCUGGCACAUUGAGGACCACUGGAGCUACUCCAUUAAUUACCUGCACUGGGGUGAACCCAAAACAUGGUAUGGGGUUCCAUCUGUGGCAGCUGAGCGGCUUGAGGAGGUGAUGAAGAAGCUGACGCCAGAGCUCUUUGAGUUCCAGCCUGACCUCCUCCACCAGUUGGUCACCAUCAUGAACCCAAAUAUCCUCAUGGCUCACGGUGUACCGGUUGUGCGUACCAACCAGUGUGCUGGUGAGUUUGUCAUCACCUUCCCCAGAGCCUAUCACAGUGGCUUCAAUCAGGGAUAUAACUUUGCUGAAGCUGUCAACUUCUGCACUGCAGACUGGCUUCCUGCGGGCCGAUCCUGUAUUGAGCAUUACCGCCGUCUGCGUAGGUAUUGUGUAUUCUCUCAUGAGGAGCUUACCUGUAAAAUGGCUGCCUGCCCAGAGAGACUGGACCUUAAUCUGGCAGCAGCUACACACCGGGAAAUGUUUAUUAUUGUUCAGGAGGAGAGGAAGCUUCGAAAGAGCCUAAUGGAACGGGGUAUCACUGAAGCCGAGAGGGAGGCCUUUGAGCUGUUGCCAGAUGAUGAGAGACAAUGUGAUAAAUGCAAGACAACUUGUUUCCUCUCUGCUCUGGCUUGCUCAAACUGUCCUGAGCGCCUGGUCUGCCUAUAUCACACUCAGGAUCUGUGUAACUGCCCCACUGAAAAACUCUACCUCAGGUACAGGUAUACCCUGGAUGAGCUGUUGGCCAUGUUACACCGGCUGAAAGUGCGGUCUGAGUCCUUUGAUUCCUGGGCCAACAGAGUGAAAGAGGCUCUUGAACAGGAAGAAGGAAACAAGAUAGAAAUCAAUGAUCUGGAGGUGCUGAAGAAGGAGGCGGCAGAGAAGAAAUUUCCUGACAACGAACUCCUUCAGAAACUAAACGGUGUUCUUAAAGACAUACAACACUGCCAGCAGACCAGCACCGACCUCCUCAGUAACUCCAAGACUAGUGAAGGUAAGAUGACUCUGGCAGAGCUGAAAUCAUUGGUGGAGAAGAUGCAGAAUUUGCCUUGUGUAAUGAGCCAGCUGGAGGAGAUACAGGCGGUCCUGCAGAGAGUAGAAGAAUUCCAGGGCCGGGCCCAAGCUGCAGUCAGUGACAGGGACUGGAGGAGGGACUCUACACCACCAGAACAACUGCAGGCCCUGUUGGAAGAGGGGGCUAACCUGCCUGUGGAGGUGCCAGAAAGUGACCUUCUCCGGGGUCUGCAGGAACAGGGCUGCUGGCUGAGUGAGGUGAGGCGAACCCUGGGUGCAGAGGGUGGAGAAAGAGGAGAGGUGACCUUAGUUGUCCUGAGGAACCUGAUGGAGGCAGGCUGCAAUGUGCCCCAGAGUGUGUCAGUGGAGACAGCCAUGGCAGAGCUCCAGGAGCUGCUUACGAUCGCAGAGCGUUGGGAGGAAAAGGCCCAGAUCUGUCUGGAGCAAAGGCAAAAACACCCUCUCUCUACCUUGGAGGCCAUAGUGAACGAAGCCCAACUGAUCCCGGUCAAGCUACCCAACAUCCUGUCUCUGCAGGGCUGCUUGAACCGAGCCCGGGCCUGGGUAACAGACCUGGAGGAAAUCCAGAAUGGAGAGCACUACCCAUGUCUAGAUGACUUGGAGGGUCUGGUGGCCAUUGGGAGGGACUUGCCGGUGUGUAUGGAGGAGCUGAGGCAGCUGGAACUGCAGGUGGCCAGCGCACACUCCUGGAGAGACAAGGCCAGCAAGACCUUCCUCAAGAAGAGCAGCCAGCACACUCUUCUAGAGGUGUUGUGUCCUUGUGCAAAGAGGAAGGAGAGGGGGGAGGAGAUUGAGCCUUUAGAUGAUCCACUAGAUGACUCUGACACAAACACUCUGGGCCUCUCUGCUCAGGACCUGAGGGAUCCAGGAGCUAUCGUAAUGGCGUUCAAAGAAGGGGAGCACCAGGAAAAGGAAGCGCUGCUGAGGAUACAGAAGGUGAACAUGUGUAAAGCCGGACUUGAUGCCACAGCUUGCAGGGAGGACAAGGAGAACGGGGGGUGGGGUGACACCAUGGACCUGGACACAUCUAGCCAGUCACAGAACUCUGUAAAGGAGAAUGGUAACCACAUCAACAGCGGUGCACCUCUGUCGGUGUGUGUAUGUGGUGGGAAGCCGCGUGCCCCUCAGCUCCGCUGCCACCUCUGUAAAGACUGGUUCCAUGGUGGAUGCGUCCCCUUCCCCUCUCUCCUGCCCUCCUCUGGCCCACCAAUCAACCCCCUCUGCUGGUGGGACUGGGACUUGCGCUUCUUAUGCCCACAGUGCCAGCGUUCGCGGCGCCCGCGCCUGGAGACCAUUCUGGCGCUGCUGGUGGCGCUGCAAAGGCUGCCAGUGCGUUUGCCCGAAGGAGAGGCACUGCAGUGUCUAACAGAGAGGGCUAUUACAUGGCAGGGCCGUGCCAAAGAGGCACUCGAGACUGCUGAGCUACAGGAGGUGCUAAAGAGGAUGCAGCAGCUCAGAGAGAGUCUCCGUUAUGACCCGGACGAGGAGAAGAACGAACAGAUGGAGACUGAGAUGAAAGAGAGCUCGGUGAUUGUGUUGUCAGAUUCUGAGGGAGAGGAUGGAGUCAUUGAUCUGACAGAAGAGAACUCUCCGAAGAAGGCCAGCAGGGAAACCAAUGGCACACAGGGCGGAUGUGAAAAUGGUGUCAAAAAGAGGUCAAACGCUAGAGGUGUUGCCUCUCUGCUGCCCCUGCUGCCGUCGCUGCGUGGCCAGGUCGUGAAGCUAUUGCCAGCCACCAGGACUCGGCUAGAAGAGCUGCAGCUGGAGGGAGACCUGCUGGAAGUCUCCCUGGACCAGAUGCACACCAUCCACAGAGUCCUGCAGGCUGCCUCUGUGCCACCCAGAGAGACACUGCACACACUGAUCCAGAUUGAGCUUCAGGAGCAGGGAGGAGCCGGGCGCGGACGAACCAAGGACUCCAAACGGAAGAGGAAGAGCCACAGAGGAGGCACCGGGGCAGAGGGGGGCCCCAGGUCUCUGGAUGUCUCAGAGUCCAAGAAAACCCGGCCCCUCAGUCACAGCCCCUCCCCUCAAUUACCCAUCCAGCCCCAACCGGAGAUUUUGUGAUAUUGUCAACGCUGGAACUCGGAGUGGUCGAGCUUGGUAGAGGGAUAGCAUGGAUGGAUCGUUCUGUGCCAGAAGACAGUGUCAAGAUUUAGAAAGAUGCUGGACAUCCCCCCUGUUCCCGGCUUCACCUCCUCAUCCCUCUCUCGUGCAUUCAAACACUAACAGCGUGAUGGUAAUUUUGAGCCCCCCCUUCAUCCACACUCCACCGCCUCGUCCUAAACCCCAGUUGUGUUCCACUCAUCAUCACACUUCCAGUCUCGCCCCCCUCCCUGCCACCCACUCCCAUUGAACGUGUUAAGGCGUGCAGGAGACGGACGUUUUACCAGGAGAGUCUCGGGUUAAAGUCGUGUGUCUGAGGUCAGUAUGCUCUGUUUUCCAGGCUGUAUUAAUUGCUAUUUCAAAUGAGGCUCAUCUACACACAGGACGUUAUACAUUCACUUCACCCGACCCCUGCGCACUGAAGUCGGAUGAACUUUGGGUUGGUUUAGACCCUUCCGUAGGAGGGCCAUGGGUCUAACCACCAAACCACGGCGGAACAUUUUGACAGCCGCUCCGAACUAAAGGAACCGUGUUCAGAAGUUUCGUUCUUUUGUAUUGAAUCUUGUGUUAGACGAGACCAUUUGAAGGGACGUUGAUUUUGCAUAAAGCCCCUUGACUGUUUUGGGAAGUGUGAAAAACAGGUAUUCGUGUUUUUGGUGCUACUUUCCCAAAAUGGAUAUCUGUACCUCCUGGUUUUUCUUUCUUUCUCUCUCUCUCUCUCCCUCUCUCUCUCUCUCUGUCCUUCUCUCCGUACAGGUCCCAUCCAGUUCCCAGUUUCCCCUCGGGGAUUAAUAAAGUAUUUCGGAUUCUGAUUCUGAUCCUCUAAA